AUGAAUGCAGCGCUCGGCCGGGUCUUCCGCUGCGUGGAGGACGCUUUUGAGAACAAGACGCUGCGGCUGGAAGCGCUGGGCAGCGGCCGCCGGGCCCUCGGGCCAGAGAGCCCUACAGAGGCCACGCGGCGACUCGCAGGGACCCGGAGAGCCAGGAGGAGAUGGUCCGGAGGCCGGCAGAGGCCGCGGGCGGUGGGGCUGAGUGAUCGCCUUCUGAUCAAAGGUGGGAAGGUUGUGAACGAUGACCAGUCCUUUUACGCUGACUUGUACGUGGAAGACGGUUUGGUAAAACAAAUUGGAGAAAACCUCAUCGUCCCUGGGGGCAUCCGAACCAUCGAUGCCCACGGCCUGCUGGUCCUCCCAGGAGGUGUCGACGUGCACACGAGGCUGCAGAUGCCUGCCCUGGGCAUGACCCCGGCUGACGACUUCUGCCAGGGCACCAAGGCAGCCCUGGCGGGAGGGACCACCAUGAUAUUGGACCACGUGUUCCCUGACGUGGGUGUGAGCCUGCUGGCGGCCUACGAGCAGUGGCGGGAGCGGGCGGACGCCGGGGCCUGCUGCGACUACUCCCUGCACGUGGACAUCCCCCGCUGGCACGAGAGCAUCAGGGAGGAGCUGGAGGCCCUGGUCAAGGACAAGGGUGUGAACUCCUUCCUGGUCUUCAUGGCGUACAAGGACAGAUGCCAGUGCACCGACGGCCAGAUGUACGAGAUCUUCAGCAUCAUCCGGGACCUGGGAGCCCUGGCCCAAGUGCACGCAGAGAACGGAGACAUCGUGGAGGAGGAGCAGAAGCGGCUGCUGGAGCUCGGCAUCACCGGCCCCGAGGCCCACGUGCUCAGCCACCCCGACGAAGUGGAGGCCGAGGCCGUGUACCGUGCCGUCACCAUCGCCAAGCAGGCCAACUGCCCCCUGUACGUCACCAAGGUGAUGAGCAAGGCUGCGGCUGACGUGGUGGCCCGAGCCAAGCGCAGGGGGGUGGUCGUGUUUGGGGAGCCCCUCACCGCCAGCCUGGGCACUGACGGCUCGCAUUACUGGAGCAAGAACUGGGCAAAGGCCGCGGCCUUCGUCACUUCCCCCCCCAUCAACCCGGACCCCACCACCGCAGACCACCUCACCUCCCUGCUGGCCAGCGGGGACCUCCAGGUGACGGGCAGUGCCCACUGCACCUUCACCACUGCCCAGAAGGCCGUCGGCAAAGACAACUUCACUCUCAUCCCCGAGGGCACCAACGGUGUGGAGGAGCGCAUGUCGGUGGUCUGGGAGAAGUGCGUGGCCUCAGGGAAAAUGGACGAGAACGAGUUUGUUGCUGUGACCAGUACAAAUGCAGCCAAAAUCUUCAAUUUUUACCCAAGGAAGGGGCGAGUGGCUGUGGGCUCCGACGCUGACCUGGUGAUCUGGAACCCCAAGGCCACGAAAAUCAUCUCUGCCAAGAGCCACAAUCUGAAUGUGGAGUACAACAUUUUUGAAGGCGUGGAGUGCCGAGGAGCCCCCACGGUGGUCAUCAGUCAGGGCAGGGUGGUCCUGGAGGACGGGCACCUGUUCGUCACUCCGGGCGCCGGCCGCUUCAUUCCUCGGAAGACGUUCCCGGACUUCGUCUACAAGAGGAUCAAGGCGCGCAACAGGCUGGCAGAGAUUCACGGCGUGCCCCGAGGCCUCUACGAUGGGCCGGUCCAUGAGGUGAUGGUGCCCGCCAAGCCCGGGGGUGGCUCCCAGGCCCGCGCGUCCUGCCCCGGGAAGAUCUCAGUGCCACCCGUGAGGAACUUGCACCAGUCGGGGUUCAGCUUGUCUGGAUCUCAGGCAGAUGACCACAUUGCCAGACGCACAGCCCAGAAGAUCAUGGCGCCCCCUGGUGGACGUUCCAACAUCACCUCGCUGUCCUAGACCUCACUCAGUGUGCAGGGUGUGAGCAGCGGGUGCUGUCCCAGACAGGCGGCGUGGGGCUCACUCUCCCUGUUAGCUUCCCUUUGUUGAACUGACUUUGCAAGGUGCUUGGUCUCCCUUCCCCUCCCCAGAAACUCUCCUUUUGGGGGUCCCAGGCCCUGUUAUGAGGGCUGAGUCUGGGGAGGUGCCACUGCCAGGGACAGCUCAGGUUGCCUG